UCGCUUAUGAAAGAAGAAAACGUUGGAUAGUUGGAGAUUCGAAGACGUUGGAAGCCGAAGAUCACGGGCCCGAGUGAUUUGGUUUUGAGAAAAAACGGUAAUUAGGACGAGGAAGACCAAGAAAUUAUUAUACCGCUUUCUGCGGAUCUCCCAAAAACUUUUUAAGAUGACUGCAAAUUGGAAAGUUUAAAGAAAUUGGAAACUGAAGAUCGAGGGUGUAAGAGCUUCGGUUUAGAGGGGAAAAAGUUUCGCAAUCGAGGAAGUCGAGGAAAUUAUUACAAUUCUAAAGUAAUAUUAUUAUGCUGUCUUUUCUUUUCCUCCUUGUUUGUGGAUUUUCAUUACAUUUUUUAAGAAAACUGAGAAAUUGAAAAUUUAAGGAAGUUGGAGAGUGAGGAUUAAUACACCUAAAAUAAAUAUUAUUCGGCUGUCUUCUGCGAAUUUUUACAAAGUUUCUGCAAGGAAUUUGACCCUUUGGUUUGGAGGAAAAGAUUUAUUCCGAGAUGCAGACAGGCGAAGAAAUUGUGAAAAAUUCUGUGAAAACUGAAGCGAGUCCGUAUUAUGGAUUUCUCUAAAAUUUCUUAAUGGAAAUUAGAAAAUCAGUGAGCUGAAAGACUCGAAAACCGGAAGCUGAUGGUAAAACUGCUUUGGUUUAACGGGGAAAGAAUUUAAAAAGUCGAAGACGUUGAAACGAUUGAGAUAACAUCGCGCAAUUGUUUCCUAUGGGUUCUUUUGCAAUUUCCUAAAAGAAGAACGGUAAAAGCAAGUCCAAAAAAGCUUGAAAACCGACAAUUAAAGAAACAGCUACUCUAGCUUAGCCGAAAAAUAGCGCCAAAGUCGAGGAAGACUGAAGAAAUUGAAGAAAACUGAGAAUAUCUGUGAAACUAUUUCAUUCAAGUAGAAUUGGAAGUUAAGGAAGACUAAGAAGUUUCGCGUAACAACGUUCCGGAAGUUAGAAAAAUGAGAUUGACGGUGGAAGUGCUUUCAGCAAAAAGAGGAGUUUCAACAUUGAGUGAUCGACAAAGGUUCUAUCAGUGAUAAUUAGGAGCUCGAAUGUUUGGAAUUAAGUUUGAGUGCCCGAGAGGAAUUUAAUGUGUCGUUUAAAAACUCAAGAAACUUGAUAUUAAAAAUAAAUAUCUAAAUAGACCAUACCUUAAGCAGACCAUAAAUUGUGCUUCCAGAUUAGACAUCUGCAGUUUGAAAUUGAACGCUUAAACGUAAAAAUGAAAAAUUGCAAAUAAUUAUCCACGAGCCACUACUCCGUAUUUUGAAACUUAAUCUUCCUUAAAUCGGGUACAACGUGCUGCGAGGACCCAACAAAGUAAAUCACACGAGUAAAUUUACCCGAGAGACCACUUCAUUCAAGAGAAACGGCUAGACAGUCUCCAACUUAGUUCAAACAAAUCAUUUCCAUUCUUCCAUCAAAACUUCAAAUUCUAUUAAUAAUACAAAAACUCUGACAACUCUCAAUUUAUUCCACGAUCAAGUGAAAACGACGCUACCAGUUCUUCGAACGAAUCCAAACCAAUAUCGACUACCAGUUCUAACGAAAGAGUCUUAAAAUUGAAACUUUACGAUUUAAUAGAAAUUCCACGAUAUAUUGAAAAUGAGUGGUUCUCCGAUCCACGCGCAAACUAAAUUACGCUCGAUUUCGUCUCCAUUAAUAACAAAACUCUAAAUCUGCCAGUCAAAACGAUGGAAUCGAGUUUCUGAACCAAAGAAAACCAAUUAGUACCAACCCACGUACUUCUAUCAAAAACACACCAACGAUUCGCGUGGAAUGACCAGCCUUCGCCAUGGAUCCUACGACUACCCUGGCUCCCAAAGUCAUUUCUUCCGCUCUACAAACCUAUCUCCAAAACUUUACCGCUUUCACCAACACCACGAACACCGUUCUGCCUCUCAGAGACUCUUUAUACAUCGUAAUACCAGUGACCGUGAUUUAUCUGUCGAUCUUCAUAACCGGUACAAUCGGAAACAUCAGCACGUGCAUCGUGAUCGCGCGCAACAAGUCGAUGCACACAGCCACCAACUAUUAUCUAUUCAGCCUGGCGGUAUCGGACCUGUUGCUGUUAGUCUCUGGUCUCCCAGCAGAGAUUUAUAUGGUCUGGUUCAAGUAUCCGUACAUAUUCGGUGAAGUUUUCUGUGUUCUUCGUGGCCUGGCAGCGGAAACCUCUACGAACGCUUCGGUGCUGACCAUUACGGCGUUCACCGUCGAAAGAUAUUUGGCUAUUUGUCAUCCGUUCUUGUCGCAAACGAUGUCGAAGCUGACGAGAGCGGUGAAGCUGAUCCUUGUAAUUUGGUUAAUGGGUCUGUUGUUCGCAUUGCCACUGGCGUUGCAAGUCGGAGUUGUUCACCAUCACAGCAAUCCAAAGAUGGUGAUGUGUACCGUGAAGAGAGUUUUGGUCAAGCAUUCCUUCGAAUUGUCCACGUUCUUCUUCUUCGUGGUCCCGAUGGUUCUCAUUACGGUGCUGUACGCGUUGAUCGGACUGAAACUAAGGAAGUCGAACAUGAUGAAGAGGAGCAGAGGCAGCGGCGAAAGUGGAAGCUGCAGGCAUCAUCCUGGAAAAUCGUCGAGGAGAGUGCUGAAGAUGCUCGUUGCAGUGGUGAUAGCCUUUUUUAUUUGUUGGGCGCCGUUUCACGUACAGCGACUGGUCGCCACACACGGGACGAACUCGGAGGACCACAUGAGCUCGAACAGCAAAUUGGACGAGUUUCUUUAUACCCUGAUGACCUACAUAUCUGGCGUACUCUAUUACGUGUCCACGUCGAUUAACCCGAUUUUGUAUAAUAUCAUGUCGAACAAAUUUCGAGUCGCCUUCAUGGAAACGUUGUCAAGGAGUUGCAGAAUCCCCGGCCUGGCGAUUCGCACGGAGCAACGAUCGUACUCGAGUCUGCCACGAUCGCAGCAGCGAGCGAUCGGCUCUAGAAACGUGGGAACAGGCGGCACCGGGAUCAUCCACGACAGCACCGACUGUUCCGGAAAUUCUGGCCACCACGGCAGCCUAAAGCAGAACACGCCAUUGACCGAGCACGUUAACGCGGGCUCGACGCGGUCCAACGUGGAUAAGAAGGGCAACGAGGACAUUGGGAGACUGGAAGACUCGAAAGAGGUUAAAGACAAGGACAUCGAUUGCUGCAAGAGUUCGAGAAAAUCGAGGCCAGUCAGAUAUGCCACCGUGAAGCUUUCGAACGUGAACCAAUCUGAGAAGAAAUGGUGGCGGUUGUUAAAGUGGUUCCCCGGUUUAAAGUCCUUGAAACUCGCCGGAAGAAACACGUGCACUGUCCCGGAAAAUAGCCCUCUCAGAAGGUCGGAGCUUAGACGAGAAGAGAUCUCGAUGACUUUGUGGAACGAAACCAACGAACAAAACACUGUUUGAGUUUUCGAGGAUGCGACGUCGGUUUAGGUAAAAACGUUGAAACUGUGAACGAUGAAAGUGGAGCUUGGGUCGAAAUUAGUCUUGUAUCUGUGGUUCGCGGCGAGUUCGCGAUGGUGAUGGUGCUUGAAACUCGAAAUAGAUUAACUAUCCCCGCUUAAUUAUCAUUACGAUCAUUACAGAGUAACUGAGAAUUGCGAGAUUGAACUUUGAGUAAGUGAUUGCAGGGUAGACGUAUGAAUGAAUUUUAUGGGAUGAUGAGAGCAUACGACGAUAAGCUACAAAAAUAUUUUAGCUCGUCGAGCUGAUGCUGAAAGGGAAAAUGAGACUGUGUAAGUGCGAGUAAACAUUUCGAACCUUCUAUCUUUUUUUCUUUUCUUUGUUCUUUUCUUCUGCGCGAGGAGGGGAAAGUGCGCUUACGCAUACCCAGCAACCCGUGCGGCAGCUGGAUUACGUGGAACUCGGCAAAACACUGAAAACCUCUCCUCUUCCUGAUAUCGAAUAGGUACACGAGGUCCAAGCCCGUAACUGCCAUAAGCAUUACGUCGGGGUUGACCUCUUUGGAUUUGUAUCUCCUCAUUUAUUUCAUGAAUAGUCAAGUAAUUGGAACCUAACCUUGGCCUGGUGUAAAUACAGCAAGCUUCGGAUCUUAGUUUUCAUAUUCGGCAAUUAAAAUCAAUCUGAUCUGGUAUGAUCAUCUAUACGACGAUAUAACCUAGGUCGAGGUAAAUUUAACUUUGUCCUAAUCUACGGUAGAUCUGAGCGAUAAAAUCUAGCUAACUUCCAAUUGCAUCUAACUUAAUUUACAAACGAUAAAAUUUCACUUCCUUUUUUCGCACUUCAAGUAUUUAAGUUUGUAAGUCAUAAAAGAAGAAUGCUUUAAAAAUACUGUACAAUUCUAUGUUGCAAAGCCAACAAAUAGUUUUACUUGUUGAGAAUUAAAAAGAAUAGAAAACGGUACUGUAUAACGUAUGAAGAUUGAAAUUCGAAUAAAAUUUAACAGAAAUCGUUCUUUUUUAAACAGUUUAUACAGCAUCUCAGUUAGCUUAUCUGUGCAAAUUUGUAUCCUUGUAGUUCAAAUUUGUAGUUCAAAAAAUCAUUAGUUUAUUUCAUUCACUUCUGCUUGCGUUUUAGAAGAACUAUCCAAUUAAAAACACAUACACGACUCACCUUUAUUUAAAAGAAAAACUAGGUUUGUGAAAAUAAUUAAAAAAUUCGAACUAAUCGUCGAGCUAACGAGGUACAGCGUCGCUGUGUCGCUUUUAACGUCAAAAAGUUGGUGAUGUUAUUGUAACGGGACGAACUCGUUAAUCCGAUCGAUUCAGAAGAAAUCACGAAUUCCACGUGGUUUACAGUAUAACUUUUGCCUCGAUAAUUGAGAAGCUUAGCCCAAAUGUUUCGAACUUCAAAAAGACUGAUCCUUAUUAACUAGAGUUUCUACAAGAAUUCGCAUUUUCAUCGUAUUUCCCGCUGGUCGAUAAUUUACCGAUAGAAACUUUUAAGUUUUCUACAAUAUCGACCCGAGAUAAAUCUCGCUUAAUUAAAAAUAGACGAUUUUCGUUACCGUAUAAAGAACGAUUAAUCUGUGGAGAAUCAAUGAACGUUACUUAUGAUAUUACAAAUUACGAUCAUUUCCGUUUUCCUUCUUCCUUCGACUUUUUUGACACUAGAAAGUAUCUAGUUUUUUAUUUUGUUUCAUUUUUCUUUUUAUGGUAUCACUGAUUCGUCAAAAAGAUUUAGUAUCUACCGAAGAAGAUGAUAAACUUAAUUUUGUCUUUUAAAAAUGCAUAAACAUGUGUUGAGAGUAAUGUUGUAAGUUUCAUUUGAUAAAUAUAACAUGAUUGAUUUGGUAAAAGAGUGACACGUCCAAAAAAAACACAACUUCCAAGAUAUUUGCAGGGAUUAACUCUAAAAAUAAACUAUUUAAAAAUAAUAAAUAUCGUUUACUAGAAUAGAAUAAUUAUCCAAUAAAAUUAUAUUAUUUAACAAGGACAACACCACAAUUUAAGAUCAGACUUUAGUCCUUCUUCUAGUAGUAAACAAUACCAUUAAUCACAUUGUAAAAAAACAAAGUUUUCAUGCUAAAUAACAGAGUGAUUAAUUAUAUUCUAUUUCAAACUGUUUUCCUAAUGAUUGUGCCAAUCUUUUUGUAUCACUCUUCUAAUAAAUUAACAACAUGUGCACUUACCUAUUCCGUUGCAUAAACCAAGAAUACAUCGUGUUGCGUACUUACAAAUGAUUAAUAUAUCCAAGAAGUAUAAACAAGAAGGAAUUAUUGGAUCGUGGUCAUAAAUUGUUUUCGAAUAAUAUACGUAUCACGAAGUGCUUGUCAGAUUUGCUAUAUCCAUGAUUCAUGGCGGAUAUUUGAAAACGUAGAGAUUAAAGAUAGAGUGCGUGACUGCGGGAGAACUGAAAAAGAAAUCUAGCGACAGAAAGAGAACGCUGCAUAAGGACCUCUUAUGUCCUUGUCUAAUAACCUACGAACGGUCAUAUAGUAGGUAUUUGAGUGUAAUACCGUUCAACGAAUAACAUCAGGGUACGAUACACAAGACGAGAACAGAGGAAGCCUUUACGCAGCGUUCUCUCUUUCUAUUUCUAUAUCGCAUUCAAUUACACAUGGCUCGCGUACUCUAUCUUUAUAUCUCGAUGGUUGAAAAGCCAUGUCGAUAUUACAGGUCGAUAUAUGUAUAUAUAUAUAUGAUAAACCUUCGUCUCUCUUUCCUAAAUCGUACAAACUCGGGAUAAGAAGUCAUUGGUGUGUUGCAAUGAAAAUUCAAAGUUUAUUAUAAAGAGAGAGAUGUAAAAAAUUUUGAAAGUUGCACAUUGCGGGACGAAAUAAUAAAAUAUCACAAGUAACUUCUAGAAAUUUCUACUGGUAAUAUCACUUCAUAAUAUCUUUUAUCAUAAAUACUGUUGUUUACAAUUCUAGUAAUAUUCAAAUCGAAGCUUUGAUAAGUUAAAAUUGUCAUACAUACUUGUAACGAAAAUAUUCUUAAUAUAACUUUUAAUAAAUUUUGUUACACAUUUUUGUUUAUAACAAUAGAUGUUUACAUUGUUCUAUAUAUCAUAUAUAUAGUGAUAUUAAUACUAUCAAUAUUAAUAAUAGAUAUUUAUAUUUUAUCCUGCAAUGAUACAUAGUAAAUAAAUAAAUCUACUUAGAUUGUCAAAUAACACGUUAUUAUCCAUAAAUGAAAUUUGUUAAAAUUUGGCACGAAAAUUGAAAUUAAGCGAGCCUAUCCUAGAGACACAUUGUAUAUCUUUAUAUGUUAAUGAACAUAGAAGAAACGUAAAUAAGAUGAGCGGCAAUAGAAUAUUGUCAAUGUCGAUGCCAUAGACUUCGUUAUCAUAUUGAAAUAAGCGACUCGUUUAACGGUUCCGUUUGAAUCUUAAGAAUGUGAUAUUAUUUAUUGCGUAAUUACUAUUAUAUUAGUCAUUAUAAACUCCAAAAUAGUUAGUACCUUAGUCCAAUAUAUGUGUCAUGUUUGUUUCGUUUGUAUAAGUCAAUGUAUUUUCAGUAAUAAUAUUUUGAUAAUAAUA